AUGGCUGAGCCCGGGUCUCAGGGCCACACUGUCAGGCCCUUGUUGCUGCUGCUGCUGCUGCUGCUGCUGUUGCUGCCCCAGGCCCUGCCGGAGGGGCCCCUGCUAUUUGUGGCUCUGGUGUUCCGACAUGGCGACCGGGCCCCACUGGCCUCCUACCCCACAGAUCCACACAAGGAAGCUGCCUCCACCUUGUGGCCUCGAGGCUUGGGCCAACUGACUAAGGAGGGGAUCCGCCAGCAGCUGGAACUGGGCCGAUUUCUGAGGAGGCGUUACAAGGCCUUCCUGAGCCCUGAGUACAGGCGUGAAGAGGUGUACAUCCGCAGCACAGACUUUGACCGGACAUUGGAGAGCGCACAAGCCAACCUGGCUGGGCUCUUCCCUGAAGCUGCCCCUGGAAGUCCUGAGACUGACUGGAAGCCCAUUCCAGUGCACACAGUGCCUGUGUCUGAGGACAAGUUGCUGAGGUUCCCCAUGCGCAGCUGUCCUCGAUACCAUGAGCUGCUAAGAGAGUCCACAGAGGCAGCCGACUACCAGGAGGCCCUGGAGGGCUGGACGGACUUCCUGACCCGCCUGGGCAACUUCACUGGGCUGUCCCUGGUUGGAGAGCCACUCCGCAGAGCAUGGAAAGUUCUGGAUACCUUGAUCUGCCAGCGUGCCCAUGGUCUUGAUCUUCCAUCCUGGGCCUCUCCAGAUGUCUUGAGGACUCUGUCACAGAUUUCUGCUCUGGACAUCAGGGCCCACGUGGGCCCACCCCGAGCAGCAGAAAAGGCCCAGCUGACAGGGGGGAUCCUGCUGGAUGCCAUUCUCAGCAAUUUCUCCCGGGCCCAGCGCCUGGGGCUGCCCCUCAAGAUGGUCAUGUACUCAGCUCAUGACAGCACCCUGCUGGCCCUCCAGGGGGCCCUGGGCCUCUACGAUGGGAACACCCCACCUUACGCUGCCUGCAUGGCCUUUGAAUUCCGGGGAAGCUCCAGGGAACCUGAGGAGGAAGAUGGAGAGAAUGUCACUGUCUCUCUCAUCUACCGCAAUGACACCUCCCGCCCACCCCUGCCACUCAGGGUCCCUGGGUGCCCAGCUCCCUGUCCACUUGGGCGCUUCCAGCAGCUGACUGCUCCAGCCCGGCCUCCAGCUCACGGGGCCCCCUGCCAUGGUUCUUAUGAGCCUGCCAGCCCCCCAGCCACGGUGCCCCUGUUGGCCGGAGCUGUGGCUGUGCUGGCUGUGCUAAGCCUGGGGCUUGGCCUUCUGGCCUGGAGGCCCAGAUGCCUGCGGGCCCUGGGAGGGACCGUGUGA